AUGAAGCCAUUGACUCAGUCCACCCUGCUGGCAGCUGGCUUAGUCCAGCAUCCAGUCGUCGCAAGAAAGCUCUGGACUGGCUCCGCAGCUGAUCUGAAUAAUAUUGUACAGACAGCCUAUACCAUUGGCAACGGAAGACAAGCCGGAUUGCCGAUUGGUAUUCCCGGCAGCGAUGUCGUGCCCAUCAAUCACGAUAGUUUGUGGCGCGGAGGCCCUUUCACUAGCUCAACAUACAAUGGCGGAAACCCAAAUGAGUCAGUAGCUCACUUUUUCCCCGGUAUACAAGAGAACAUCUUCAAAAAUGGCACUGGAGACGAGAGUCCUCUGCUUGGAAACAUGGACGACUACGGUUCCUAUGAACUCAUGGCCAAUCUCACUGUGUCCAUUGCCGGAAUUAAAGACUAUUCAAGCUACCGUCGGACGCUGGACUUGGAGACGGCCGUGCAUACGGUGUCGUACACUGCCAACGGCGCCAACUUCAACACGACGCAGUUCUGUUCGUAUCCGGACCAAGUAUGCGUCUAUCAUAUCAGGUCAAACAAAGCACUGCCAGAAGUGACCGCCGCCAUUACCGACACAUACCGCACACGCCCCAAAUCUGCCGUCACUUGCUCCGCCAACGGCACUCACCUAAGCGGACGCACUGAAGCAAACCAGGGCCAAGGCGACAUUGGCAUGAAGUUUGACGCACUCCUCAGCGUCGUAGGUCGUGGCAACUUCUCGCAGACAUGCGGUGACACUGGCCAAAUUGUCAUUCCCGGGGGCAGCACCAACUCGCUGACAUUCGUGCUCGCCUCUGGCACCGAAUACGACCCAAAGAAGGGAACUGCCGAGCACAAGUACUCGUUUCGCGGCGUGGACCCGUACCCGGCCGUUGAGGAAACCGUCUCCAAGCUGCGCAGCAAGUGCUACAGCGACAUCCUCGCCCGGCACGCCAAGGACUUUAGCAGCCUGUUCAACCGCUUUACGCUGGAUCUGCCUGACCCCAACAACUCGGCCAGCGUGGACACGGCCAAGCUUCUGGCAGAGUAUACGAGAGCCAACGGCGACCCAUACGUUGAUGGUCUGGUGAUUGACUACGGAAAGUACUUGUUUAUUUCUUCGUCGCGCCCGGGAAGCCUGCCACCUAAUCUGCAAGGGAAAUGGGCGCCCGACGUGAACCCGCCGUGGAGCUCCGACUACCACAUCGACAUUAAUGUACAAAUGAAUAAUUGGCUGACGGAGCAAAUGGGCCUUGGCGACAUCACAGACCCGUUGUUCGAGUUCAUCGCUGACACCUGGGUUCCGCGAGGUACCGAGUCGGCGCGCCUGAUCUACAACGCCACCGGAUGGGUUGCCUUUACCAAUUUGAACAUUUUCGGUCAUACAGGCCAAGGAGACGACGCGUCGUGGGCAAAUGUCUACCACGACCCAGCUUGGAUGAUGGCUACUGUCUGGGACCAUUUCGACUACACUCGUGACUCGCAGUGGUAUAAAACCGUAGGCUAUCCCAUGAUCAAGGGCAUCGCGGCUUUCUGGCUCGACGUGCUCGUUGAAGACAAGUACUUCAACGAUGGCACAUUGGUUGCCAACCCAUGCAACUCUCCCGAACACGGACCGACCACUUUCGGUUGCGCUCAAUUCCAACAGGUAGUGUGGGAGGUUUUUGACCAUGUCAUCCGAGACUGGGAUGCUUCUGGUGAUGCCGAUCAAGACUUUCUUCAGCGUGUCAAAAAAUCGUUUGACACUCUUGAUGACGGCGUUCACAUAGGCAGCUGGGGCCAGAUUCAGGAAUGGAAAAUGGACAUGGACGUGAAAGGAGACAAGCAUCGCCAUCUUUCCCACCUCAACGGCUGGUAUCCUGGCUACGCCAUCUCCGGCAAGUACGUCGGCAACAAGACCAUCCACGAUGCCGUCGUCACAUCGCUGCUCUCCCGCGGCGACGGCACCGAGGACUCCAACACUGGGUGGGAAAAGACCUGGCGUGCUUCGUGCUGGGCGCGCGCCGGCGACGUCGACCACGCGUAUGACGAGUUCAAGUACACCAUUGCCGAGAACUUUGCCCCCAAUGUCCUGUCGGUGUACGAGCCGCCUGGCAAGGUCUUCCAGAUUGACGCCAACUUUGGCCAGUCCGCGGCGGGCCUUGCCAUGCUCAUCACGGAUAUCCCGCAGCUGGCGGGUGACUCGAGCACCCACUCAGUCAUACUGGGUCCGGCAAUCCCCAAGCAGUGGGCGGGCGGCCAAGUAAAGGGUCUCCGACUACGGGGGGGCGGCUCUGUCGACUUUUCAUGGAGCGACGACAGCGUCGUCGAUCGAGUCACGGUCCAUAACAGAUCUUUGCCCAUCAAGAUUGCGAACAAGGAUGGGAAGAUCCUUUAUGGUUCAUGA